GCCAAACUAAUAAGCUUGCAUCACCAAGAUCGCAACCUUUCAUACAAUAAACAAUCUAUGGAACAAAUACCUGCACUAGGACUGGCUGGGAUAAUCGCUCAGCUGCAUACACACAUGUCAAAACCCUCUAAGCAGUUUCCUGUGACACCUCACCUCACCUCAAGGAUGGCUCUUAAAACCAAAACUUUGAGAGAGUGGGUGCUCUCUAUGUUACUCACGGCCAACCGAUGACCCUAAAGAUUCUCCUGGAAAUGGAAGCACCUCGUCCUCUAUCAAGUGAUGAUCAGCAUAGCUAGCAUUUAUGCUACAUCGCUCGAAAGAACCCAGGACUAACCUCUCCAAGAUUUGCCCUCUCGACGACAACUUUUCUUGGAUCUAUAGAAACGAAUCAUCAACCAAGAGAAGAAAGCGUGGAGAGUGAGACCUACGUGACGAGUUUUCAACUCGGUGGAAUCAUGAUCUUGAUGUUGAAAAUCACCCUCCAAAUUUGUGCUCGAAUGCCGUCGCUUCUUGGAGCUGGAAACCAAAAAACGAAGAAGGAAAUCUAAGGCCGCUCUUGUUGUCAUCGCUAAGGAUUCUGCGGCGCCAUUGACUGUCGCUUGCCAUCAAGUGGCUGCUUCGGUCUUGUUCAUCUCUGGCAGCGGCGUCUUGAUCGUUGCAACUGCAACGAAGAGCUCCGAUCUACUCAUUGGAUUCAAUCCAUUGCCCUCCUCAUUCGUACAAGUGUGCGUCCACGACCUAGGUUUUAUGGAUUAUUUCACUGGACAAUUCAGUGAAAUGAUGGUUGGUCGUUGCGCAGCGAAACAUCGAGGAAGAGUCAGCAAAACCGGGAAAAGAGAUAGCUGCUCGCUACUCCGCCGAAUUGGAACAUAAAUCUCGCGAAUUUGGCAAUUUGAAGAGGAAUACAAUCAGGUGAGAGAUAUUAAAAAGGCGAGAGCAAUGCCAGACAACAAUGGAGUUUCAAGGACUCCUUACGGCAUAUGCCCAAUAUGGGCAUUUUCUGACAGCAAAGCUAUUCUUUGACUCGAUGCCUACUAGAAUGAUCCGCGGAGAGGGCAUCUCCAGGAAUUAUGAAAGAAUACGACAUUGUGGGAAUUGUAUGUUUCAUGUCUACACCAUGCUGGAGCGAAACGAGAUCUCUUGGACGAUCAUGACCGUCGGCGGAAUGGAAUGUGGUGGUGUCAUGGACGGCCAUGAUCGCUGGAUACGCCACAUGGCCGAGGCAACGAGCGCUGUUCGAUGCUAUUCCGGAACGCAACGUCAUCUCGUGGAACGCGUUCAUCGACGGCUGGAUCAACGCGGGGAAUCUAGAGGACGCUGCCAACGAAUGCCAAGCUGGGAAAUGGCCAAUGGCGACAAUGAUCCAUCUAAGCUCAAUCCGCCGUAUCGUCCUUCCACUCUGAUCUUGGAGCCGCGAGCGAACAGCCCGAGCUGGCCGCAAGAGAACGCUCACAAACGCUGAAUGGUCGGGAUCAAACAUCAUCGUCGUGAACGAGCCCUGGAGGAUCACGUCCAGAGCGACGAGGUUCUUCUCGCGCAUUCUAUCCAGUGGAAUUAUUUUCGAAACAUGGUCGACGAUCAUCAAGUCCAAGCACUGGGAGCGCACUACUGCGGUUAGCUAGCCAAGGUCGAGGAUCUCAUCUCCAGCAUGCCUUAAAGUCCCAGAUCGCGUUUCUCGCUCCCUGUCGGCUCCAAGAAGAUCCACAACGAGCAACAGGCGCUGCUCGCAGCUCGACAGCACCAUCUCGU